UUAGAGUUUGCCAAACUUGCUACCAGAAAAGGACAAGGUAUAUUCCCAAUCAUUCUUUUCUAUAAAAAUUACUGAAAAUGAUCCAGUCUACUGUAUCAACUCCCACUAUACAAAUAAAGUCCAGAUUAUGCACAAGGGUUUAUGUGCUUCUAUCAUGGGAGGGAUGAUUAAAGUUGUGGGGUUCAGUUUACUAGUAGUGUUUGCAGUUCUUGUAAUUAUAAAAGAUGUGACAUCACAUGGAGAUCAUGCUUUUGCAAAGAUUGGUAUAUAUCAAGUGACAUUUGCUUUAAGUGAUACUGCUUAUGUGAAAGCUUCUCCUACAAUUCUAAAAUCAAAGGACCAAAAUUUUGAAUGGGUGACGGUGUACAUUAGCAAUCUGAACCCAUCAAUUGAUGAUUGGAUUGGAGUAUUCUCCCCUUCCAUUUUCAGUGAUUUGACAUGCCUCCCUGAAAAUUCAAGAUACAGUCCGCCGUAUUUGUGCUCUGCACCUAUUAAGUACCAAUAUGCAAAUUACUCCAAUCCUGAUUACAAACUUACUGGAGAAGCAUCGUUAAAGCUUCAAUUGAUCAACCAAAGAUCUGACUUCUCCAUUGCAUUGUUCACGGGCGGAUUAUCAACGCCGAAUCUGGUGGCAGUUUCAAAUACAGUUGCUUUUGAGAACCCCAAUGCACCAAGUUACCCACGUUUAGCUCAAGGAAAGAUGUGGGAUGAAAUGACUGUAACUUGGACAAGUGGAUAUGGAAUUGAUGUAGCAGUGCCUUUUGUUGAAUGGGGUCAAAGAAGUGAAGACCAGAGGCAUUCUUUUGCUGGAACUUUGACUUUUGACCGCCGUAGCUUGUGUGGGGCACCAGCAAGAACUGUGGGUUGGCGUGAUCCUGGCUAUAUUCAUACUAGCUUCUUGAAAGACUUAUGGCCCAAUCAAGUGUAUACAUACAAGCUAGGGCACAAAUUAUUGAAUGGUACUAUCAUUUGGAGCCAGACGUACCAGUUUAAAUCAUCUCCAUAUCCUGGUCAAGACUCUCUACAACGUGUUAUCAUUUUUGGGGAUAUGGGAAAGGAUGAGUAUGACGGCUCCAACGAAUACAAUAACUUCCAACGCGGGUCCCUUAACACUACAAAGCAACUCAUCAAGGACUUGAAAAACAUUGAUAUAGUCUUCCACAUUGGAGAUAUUUGUUAUGCAAAUGGUUAUCUUUCAGAGUGGGAUCAGUUUACUUCUCAGAUAGAACCAAUUGCCUCGACUGUACCAUAUAUGAUUGCUAGCGGUAAUCAUGAACGUGACUGGCCCAACUCAGGAUCCUUUUAUGAGAACAAUGAUUCAGGAGGGGAAUGCGGUGUUGUGGCUCAAACUAUGUUUUACACUCCAACUGAAAAUGGAGAGAAAUUCUGGUAUUCUACUGACUAUGGUAUGUUUAGAUUCUGCAUUGCUGACACAGAGCAUGACUGGAGAGAAGGAACAGAACAGUACAAAUUCAUUGAACAUUGUUUGGCAUCCGUGGAUCGACAAAAGCAGCCAUGGUUAAUCUUUAUUGCACAUCGUGUACUGGGCUAUUCUUCCUCUUUGUUUUAUGCAGUUGAAGGUUCAUUCGCAGAACCGAUGGGGAGGGACAGCCUUCAAAAGCUUUGGCAAAAGUAUAAAGUUGAUAUAGCCGUUUAUGGUCAUGCGCACAAUUAUGAGAGAACGUGUCCGGUUUACGAGAAUACUUGCAUGAAUGAUGAGAAAAGUCAUUACAAAGGCAGCUUAAAUGGGACAAUACAUGUGGUUGCUGGGGGAGGAGGGGCAGACCUCACUCCAUUUGCACCAUUUAAAACCACCUGGAGUGUCUUCAGAGACUAUGAUUACGGGUUUCUAAAACUUACUGCGUUUAACCAUUCUACACUUCUAUUUGAGUACAAAAAGAGUAGAGACGGGCAAGUUUAUGAUUCAUUCACUAUUUCUCGGGAUUAUAGAGACAUCUUGGCCUGUACAAUUGAUAGUUGUUCGAGUACAACCCUUGCAUCUUGAAGAUCACUAUGGUUCAACCAUCCAGGUUGCUUUAACCGGGUCUCUACCAAUAGCGAAAAGGCUGGUUAAGUCCAUGGCUUGAGUCUUCAAGAACCAAACUUUACUGAUGAGAAGAUGUUUCUGAAAGUAUUAAUGGGUCGAAUAUAUAUUUAUGCAAGAGUAAAGUGUAGGGGCUUCACGUGUAUAUGGUUAAUAGUAUACAGGGUCAGGUGUAUCUUAAUGUAAUUAUAGGAGUGGCUACAAAUAAUAAAAUUUGAAAGAAGUCAUACUUGGUUGUCAUGAUGUUGAUGUUAGUAUUACUAAAUUUUAAGAGAUAUUUGACA